CUCAAAUUGGGGAUACAGAUUCGAUUCCCGCUGUGUGGUUACUCUACAGUUGCCCAACGUACGAAGAUUCCCAUUUGGACAUGGUGUAUAAAACACACCUGCGUUGACUUUGAAAAGAACCAUCCAUACACGCCUUGUGAGUGACGGAAGAAAAAAAACAAAAACAAACUUUUCGGCGCUGGGAGACCAAUCGCUUCCCAGGAAAAUGUGACUGCUCGGAAUUCCCCACACAUUAUUGGAGAGAACGUCAGCGUUGUGCCAAGCAGGGAGCCGCGGCAGGAGCCUUCAACCGCUGCCCGCUCAUGUCGCCUCGGCUCUCUCUCCGUCUCGGAGAUAAUGGUUUUAUUAUUUUAUAUUUUUCAUUCCCUAAACCGGGAACGUCUGGGUGAUUCUCGUCUCCCAAAGGUGUAGAUGCUCCAGGUGGAUCCCGAGCGGGACCAGGCUGCUUCCAGCAGGGCCAGGCUGAUCUUCUAAAUCUCAGCUCGGGGGUCCCUGAAGAGAAGGCCAGACUCGGAGACCAUUUUGCGCUGUGAACAUCCGCGUCGGGCAUCUGUAGGGGGCGCUAUCCGUGCGAAGGAGCCAGAGUGGGCACCGCCAUGACCACCGCAGUGCACCCAAAUGAACUGGUGUUUGAAUUUGCCAGUAACGGGAUGGACGAAAUCAACCAGCUGGAUGACCCAUCUGUGUUCCCGGCCGUGAUUGUGGAGCAGGUGCCCACCACAGAUCUGCUGCAGGUGUACUCGGGCCUGGAGUCUGACGAGGUGACCAAUGGCAUCAUGAUGGACAACGCCAUGCAUGUGGUGGAGGUGCCCUCCAUCCUAGUGGGAGGAGUGGACCUCUCAGAAACGGUGUCAGGUGGAGAGGACAGCAUGGAGACAAACGAGGCCGCUGCGGCUCUGCUCAACAUGGAGUCGCCAAACAACAUACUGGACGAGAAGCGCAUGCUUCACACCUACGGCACGAUGCUGGAAGCGGACCUGACGUACGCGCCCCUACGGCCCGACCACAUGGAGAAUGGCGCCCUUGACCUGUCGCUGGAUGAGGACACCUCAUCCAUGGACGAGAUCCCCCAAAGAUGUCCCUUGAAGCCGCAGAAAAAAAAUAAAGUGAGGAAGCCCCGUGCGGUACGCUCCUGCUCCCCCAUCUCUACCCCGAAUCUUCCACUGAGGAAGAAGAGCAAAGAGGGCAAAGGGAACACCAUCUACCUGUGGGAAUUCCUGCUGGCCUUACUGCAGGACAAGAACACCUGUCCCAAAUACAUCAAGUGGACACAGCGGGAGAAAGGCAUAUUCAAGCUGGUCGACUCAAAGGCCGUCUCCAAGCUUUGGGGCAAACAUAAGAACAAGCCCGACAUGAACUACGAGACCAUGGGACGAGCGCUCAGGUACUACUACCAGCGAGGGAUCCUGGCUAAGGUGGAGGGUCAGCGUCUGGUUUAUCAGUUCAAGGAGAUGCCGGCCGACCUGGUGGUGAUUGAGGACGAUGAUGCGGGGUCCGACAGUCACAACGAGUAUGGCACUCAAAGGUCCAGCAACGGGAGGUCUGUGGCACGGGGGGGCUCCAGAGGGAGGGCUCACCAGCAGGUCAAGCAGAUGAAGAAAGAGCCCAUUGAGCAAUCUCUGCAGCAGGAAGUGCAGGGAGGACAAACUGAGCAACUACUGCAAAUGCUGCAGGGAAACCAGGGGACGGACAUGGCGCAGGCUAUGAGGGCCCUCAAUGGUUCUGCUUCACUCCCGGUUGUCUUGACAUCAUCUGGUUCCCUUCAGCCCCUGCCCCUCACCACCGUUCUCCCCAACGGGGUCUCCACUCACUGCUCCAGCCCUCGCAUCCUCCUCCACUCCAUGCCCCCUCCCACCACCGAGGCUAAUGAUGUGCUGACCAUCCAGGCGCCCAACGGCCUGCAGGAGGGCCUCCCCCAGCAGCUGCUGGCCACCAACCUCGGUCCGUUUGCCAUCUCUUCCUCCUCCGCCAACUGCACGUCCCCCAUUUCCCCCGCCUCCAGCCUCCCCCGCCUGCUCACCAUCAACACCACCUGCGGGCAGACCAUGGUGGCGCAGCAGCCCGGCACCGUCAUUGCUACCGUGCUGAAAUCGGGUGAUUUUUGUGGGCUGCAGGUGAAAGAGGAGAUGCUUGACUCCUGCUGUUUCGACUCCAUGGUCAGCGGCGACCCUUCCCUGGCCAACACGUUCGCCAAGGAGGAGAUGGACGUCGGCGAGGCGGAGCUGCAGUACCGGACUGUGAUCAUAGACACCAGUCACACCCACGGCCAGGAGCUCGCCAGCGAGAUGGUGUUCAACGGACACUCUUCCCAGAGCAGCAGCCCGUGCGAAGGCCUCACCCCCGUGGAGGAGCUGGAAGUGCGAGGGGAGAUGUCCCUGCAGCCCCAGCAGGCCAUCAAAGGCCGGCAGGAGCUGCCCGCAAACUUUAUCCAGAUAAAGACAGAGCCUGCAGAGGCCUGACAUGCCUCUGCUUCUUCUCCUCAAGCUCAACCAAAAAGCAACACGUGGACCAUUUGGACGAGAAUGUCGUUGUCUUUAUUUUUUCCACAAUGCUGCAAUCUGAUCCAAGAUCAGACGUUGCUCCUCAAGGUUGCUGAGCUCAGCCUCAGGAUUCAAUCGUUUACUCACUUUUUUGUGAUCAUGUGCCUAAAGAAAUAUAUCAAGGGAGUGUUUCAUUUUUUUUUUUCUAAAGAUGUCACAUUUCAGAUUUUGGACAUGCAAAGAUAUUAACACACCAAACUCCUUCCUUGAGGAGAACAGCCAUUACAUGAAGCAGGGAUGCCUGUUUGCCAAAUGUGCCAGUUAGUCUGUUAUUGUCUUAUAUCUCAAUGGACUUGUAAAUGGUUAAAAAAAAAAAGAUGCUUGGCUCCGGACAAACCAAAACAUGGGGGAUUGAAUAUAAAACAAGGAAAUUUGGACUUUCCGGCAGAGGGAAUGCCAAGAACCAAUGUGCAGACCUUUGCUGGCAAAAAGGACCCUGACUGAUGGCUUUUGGGACUUUCACCGGAACUAGUUUAUGUUCUCAGAAGCAAAAGAAAAGGCAUGCAUGUCCUCUCCGUUGCUCCAUGCUUCCAGACUGCGGAACAGGGCAUUUAAAACAAAGUCUAGGCGCAGACUGGAGGCAAAGACAGAACGAAUUCUAGAUGAUUUAUUAUUAUUUUUUUUUAAAUCAGUCUUGUGUUUUUUAGGCUGGAAUCCUGUUGAUAUGAGAUUGAAUAUGCACGGAUCUCUCUCUGUAUAUACAAAUGAUAUACGCUUGAGAUUCACUAUUAAGGCCACGGCAAAUUUUAUUUAUUUUGUGAACUUCUAAAUUCUGUAAAAAAGGCACAUUUGUACUCUAUUUACAUGAGGGAAAUUACAAAGACUAUACACAUUUAGUACCAGGAAGACAAAACUUUUAUUUUUCCCUUUUUUUCCGUUCCCCUUACAUGUUGUACAUAUCCUGCUGCUGUGUAUGCGCCUUUUCUUUCUGUUCAGCAAGCACACUGUAGCUGUCACGCAUUAAAAGCAUUCAAGAAUCAGUAUCAAACGAAACAGUCAGUAUAGGUACAUAAAGGUAAUAUAUCAGUUUUCAUUGUCUCUUCUUUACCAAUGCUGUUUUAUUAAUUUUAAAGGCCCUCUCGGCUCCUGCUCUCGUGCGAGUCCAGUGUGUGCCUUUGCUAUAUGCCAAUGACCCCCCGAGGCCAAACUUGUGAUCGGCCCCAAUCGGCCCAGCCGCAUUGAUCCACAGUGCUGUCUAAAUUGGCCAAACGUUCUCUAUCGUGGGUUGAGGCACGGCAGGAACAUGCAGACACGCUGACCUUGAUCCACAGAGCAGGUGUUUUUAAACUAAAGUCUUUUUUUCUAGAUCUGUAAGGACAAGCUGAAUGUAUAUGCAUACUGUUCAAAUAUAUGCAAGAUUAUGACAAUCAAUAAUUACACUGGAGAUGUUUUCUUAUCCAAAUCUUAAUUGUCUUUGCUUCUUUUGUUUUUGUUUUUUUUGCUCUGCAUAUACCUCGUAUACCCUGUAUGUAGACCGCCCUUGCCUUAAAGCACUGUUGUUUGUGACUGUUGAUUGUCAAUUGCCUUCUUCAUGCUGAAUAUAGAGUAGAUUUAUAAGGCUU